UUGAGAGGUGUCCCGGUGUAUCCAGCGGAGCCGGGGCCGCUCAGCCAGCGGUGAUCUGAAAUCCCGGCUCCAAGGUGAACUCGCUGCUCCCUGUAUCUUUCCAUCACUCCUUUGUCCUCUGACCCUGAUGUGUCUGACAAACAGGCCCUGUGAUGUGGCGUGGACCAAAGCCGCCCGAGCUGGCCGGAGGCUCAGACGGAACGUGGACUUUGGCCUCCGGACAGGGGCUUCUCCCUUCACACGGAGCCACGCGGCUGCGGGCACGACCUGCACGGGGAGGCUUCAUCCCCACGUGAGACGGGAAUUUGUUACCGUGAGAACCUCCCCUCGCUGCAGGUUUUGGGGAUGUGCCCGACAGGCGCUGGGAGAUCGCGUCCGUGCUCCCUCCCAACAGAGGUUGGGCCAGGUGAUCUUCCAAGGUCCCUUCCAACCUGGGCUGUUCUGUGGCAGUCGCUGCUACCUGGUUAUCAUAUUAAUUAAUGUUGAUCAGAUGAUUAACGGCAAUUCUGAUAUCUAGUUAGCCUUAGUAGGCUGGAUUAGAGGUUUUAUUCUUGGAAACUGCUAAACACUUGAUUUAAAAACAAGUGCUGUUAGUAGAGUCACUUAAGUACAUGACAAGGAAAUUCACCCCAGGGUUCCAAGUGUAAAAACAAGCUGCAGUGUUCAAGGUCAAGAACAUCUGGCUGGUUCCUUUCUCCUUAGCUUUUCUGUUCAGUCCUGAGCUGUCUCGAGCUCGUGUCCCACACAAAGCAACACGUUUAUCUCCAGCCGUGCUGCUCCUGGAGCUGGUACCGGGUUUAUCUUAUCCGCGGUGCGGCAGUGACGUUUCCCUGUGUUCAGCUGCUCAGGGCUGGGCUGUCUGGAAGACAAGGAUGCUCAAUCACUUCAGGAAUUUGGGGGUUAAUGCAGUUUUUAUAGCUGAACACUUUAUUCUUUUGGGGCAUUUCAUAUUAAUUAAAAAGCACGUGAGACUAAGCUCAGCCCUAGGGCUGUUCCUAUUGCUCUUGUGUUCCUGAGGGUGGCAGAAACAGGAGUAACGCAAUUUGACCAGUGCUGCCCGUUGUGCCAAAAAUAUCCUGUGCUUAAAUUAACUCUGCGCUUCAGUGCGUUGGUAUUUCUAGGCAGCUUAAGCAACGGGGGAGCAAGGAACUGGCUACUGCAAUUGCGAGAGCUGGCAAAGACGGUGAGAGGCAGGUUUCAUUCCCAACCUGUGCUUGCGUCCCACUUAUUCAGCCUCCAGGAGCACCCGUGGCAGCGGCCGCGUAGCCCAUAUGAGAGCACAGGUGAACGGCUCCGUUGGCAGCUUCACUGAAUGCCUGUUUCUCAACGUUUCAGCUCUGCCGAAGGUGCGCAGCAGCUCACGAGGUCUCUGCCCCCGUUUCACAGCCAGCUGAACUGCCACUGAACCGGCUGCCAGACGACAGCAAACAGCGCGGCACCGGCACCGCGGCGCUGGCAGCAGCCGGGCUGGGACCGCGCACCCGGUGCUGCACCGCGCGCUGUCCUGCGGCUCCUCGAGCGCUUCCCCGGCCCCUCGAGCUGAUCCCCAGCAGCGGUUCCCCAGCUCCUCGAGCCAUUCCCCAGCUCCUCGAGCUGUUCCCCGGCCCCUCGAGCGGCUCCCCAGCCCCUCAAGCCUUUCUCUGCCCCCCGUGCUCCCCCAGGCCGCGGGGCGGGGAGCCAGCCCCUCUGGCCACGGGCCACUCGAGAGUCCAGCCCGUGGGUACUUCAGAAUCUGAACAAGGAGUGUGAAAAUUUCUCAGUCAUCUUAACUAAUUUCUGUUCUCCCUUUGCUAAAUGUCAGGAGUACCAAUGUUUUGUGGGGAUUCUUUUUGGUUGUUAUAAGGUGCACCUUUGCUGUGCUGGACUUGCAUACAUGGAAACAAUUGGUCCAGUUUUGGUUUAUUUUGUUUUUUCCUUCAGUUUCUUGCACAGAGUAAAUGAACUGUUUCCACCGGGCACUGGUAUGGAACAGAGACAGAAACUGCUGACACUAUUAGUAACCCAGGACACACAACAACUUUGACAUAUUGUCACAAAAUACGAGUCUUACGUAGGCAAAGUCGUUGAGUAACGGGGCCUUGGAGAGGGCGCCGCUGUGGGAGCUGCAAAGCUGCCGUUUCUAACCUGGAAAUCCGCACAGACGCCGCCAGGCCCUCCUGCCGCCCCCCGUCUCCCUGCCUCUUCUACCAGCGCCUGGUGACACCAGCAGAAUUGGGAACUGAGAUGCACAUAAAGAAAGGACUUCACGGGAAAAAACAAGCGAGAACUUUGAAGUUUGGCUGUUUGAUGUGCCACGAUCCACUGACCCGUUUCCUUCGCUUCAUAAGACCCAGGAAGGUAAAAUAACGAGGGGUUUGAUUCCUCCUCCCAGGGAUGGAAGACAAACAGGGCAGAGGAAAGAGUAUGAGAAGAACCCCAGAAGAACAGAUUUUCCAAGAGUGGCUGCAGACAAUGUGCUGGGAAAGGUUUUUAUUUAAUCCUGGUGAAGUUUGGGCUAAGGGGCAAUCAUCUGACAACAUGGCAUUAUCUUAACCUAAGUAACUUGCCUUCCACGCUGGCACUUCUGCUUCCAUGUGAAGCAAUCACAGAAAAUGGCAGCUUAUUACACCCAGGUUUGUAUUUGCAAUUUAGCUAAAAUUUGCAAUUUCGCUGCUUUAUGCAGUACUUUUCUACUUGAAGUAACUUAGAACAUUGUGUCCUCCCAAACCUGCACACACUUAACAUGGAUGAGUUGAUAUUCUCUUCAUGUUACUCUGCAAUCUCAAAAAUCCUGUACCUGACAGAUGUGACGUACGUGGGACAGAUGUGGGAGCCAGAGGCACAAAACCUCAGGGAUGAGGAGGAGGAGCAGCGAGUCCCAGCACAUCCGUGUACAGACCAGGAACCUUCGACAUCCACUUUGUCCAUCUGUCCCCGGGUCUGUAAAUUGAGAAGAUUAUAGAGAAGAUGAGGUGACAGGCAGCUCUUCAACAUCCUUUUCUCUAGGAUGCUGCAGUCUCAUGUCACAAUGGAACAAACAAAUUAAUUGCAAACUGUCCUUCCACAUCAAUGGGAGCUGUGACACCUUUUAAGAGACGAAUGGUGUGCUACUUCAGGGAUUAGUUGUCCAGAGAUUAUUAUCUUUAAUGACACAUUAGAAUCCUUGGAAGAAGCCUAUUAUUUAUCACGCACAACGCACUUCCUACAUCCCCAAACCCAUCUGCAAAGUACUACAUCCACUUUUGAAAUGCUGUGUGUGUGGAAAGGAAGGUUAAGUACGUUCCUCGUGAUUCUUUCGUGUACCAAGACUGAGAGGCAGAAUCAAAAGCGUGAUUCUUUGCUCCAAACAAGGUUAAGACAACACGCCCAGCUGACAAAGCCGCGCACACCGGGAAUGUCACCAACGUGAAGUAACGUUACGGCUUUUAUCUUUACCAGAACGCUUUGGGCCAGGCACCCUUUGGCUUGCAAACACAGCGCGGGGUUCUGGUAAUGCGUUGGGUAGGCUUUAAAAAAAGGACCAGUUGGCACAUCUGGUGCGCUGGGCAGCCAAAGUACAAGUGGAAGGAGAGUAAAUCAUUAGCUCGACAGACAGGCCUUGAACCAGAUUGCUCCGGCAGAUGCUAACUUGGUAAUUCCCUCUUGCUCCGAAACGAACUUUGUUCCUGUAAUGACUGACAGGUGAUGCAACGAUAAGAGAAUGAAGUCUAUAAAAAUCCAGCUGAAGCUUGGAAGGUUCUACUUGGGGCUUUUCCUCCCUCCGCCCAAAACUGGUCCUGCGGUGAGCGACAGCUCCUCUGCCAAGAUGCACUGGUGGAAAGUGACGCUGGUCGUGUUGCUCUGCACGCUGCUGCUCAGCCAGGCGCGGGCGGCGGCGGUGCCGGCCCGGGCAGCACGGGAGAGGCGCAUGACGCCGUUCUGGAGAGGAGUCUCGCUCAGGCCCGUCGGAGCCUCGUGCAGGGAUAACAGCGAAUGCAUCACCAUGCUCUGCAGGAAAAACCGCUGUUUCCUUCGAACCGCCGCCGAGUGACCUGGCAGGAUGAAAACCACCCAGCGCUGUUACUGUGAACAACCCUCCCCUCCACUUGUGAAAUAUUUAUUGACCGUUCAAAGCUAGAACAGCAAAUCGAGCAAUAAAUACAUUUAACAUCUGUCAGACGAACUGCUAAAAGGACCUCAAAGAGCUCGAGCGUGUUCCGUCCCCACGGCUGCACCUCGGCGGCACGCGCUUCAGGACGCCGCUCUGGCCAAGCUCAAUAAAAGGACUCUGCAUCCCACGUUUGGUUUGGGUUUUGUGUUUAUUUUUUGUUGGGUUUUUUGGUUGUUGUAAUAUUUAAUUACUUUUUUUUAAGGUGUGAAUUAAAAAUUAAAACUCAGCAAAGCAGCGUGU